AUGGCUAUAGAUGUGGGGACUCUCAUCGUCGGAAAAUCUCGUGAAAAUAGCGUUCGUGAAAUCACUUUGCGCUACUCGUAUAACACCUUGCCACGGGCGAAUUUCAAGAUGCUGGAUACUUCCACACCAACACUCUUCCAAAUUACCUUGCUGACGAGUAGUUACAGUGGUGUGCACGUCCUAUAG